AUGCUUUCUACAAAUAGAAGAGCCACCAUAAAUAUUGCUCGUAGAGCUUUAUCUAACUAUAACGCCACUCGUUGCAUUGCUAACAGCACCAAGAAUAAUGCUACAGGAGCCACUGUGACAAGUAGCUCUAGUUCUGUUAGACCAAGACCCACUCCAGCUCCUGCAUUCAACCAAGAACCAUCCCAGAAGAAGACCAUUGAAAAGGAACUUCCAAAAAACAAGCAGAAUGAGGACACCAUGGAUGAUUCCUUAGUGGGAUUAUCCGGAGGAGAGAUUUUCCACGAGAUGAUGCUUAGACAUAACGUUGACACUGUUUUCGGUUACGCAGGUGGUGCUAUCUUACCAGUCUUCGAUGCCAUUUACAACUCUGAUAAGUUCAAGUUUGUCUUACCAAGACACGAGCAAGGUGCUGGUCACAUGGCUGAAGGUUAUGCCAAGGUGACAGGAAAGCCAGGUGUUGUCUUGGUUACAUCCGGACCAGGUGCUACUAAUGUUAUCACUCCAAUAGCGGAUGCCUUAAUGGAUGGUGUCCCAUUGGUUGUGUUCACUGGUCAAGUUCCAACCACCGCCAUUGGUACUGAUGCCUUCCAAGAAGCAGAUGUCAUUGGUAUUUCCAGAUCAUGUACUAAAUGGAAUGUUAUGGUGAAGAAUGUUGCAGAAUUACCAAGAAGAAUCAACGAAGCCUUUGAAAUCGCCCAGAGUGGUAGACCAGGUCCAGUUUUGGUUGAUUUACCAAAGGACGUUACUGCUUCAAUUUUAAGGGAAGCUAUCCCUAUAAGGACCACCUUACCAUCAGACGCCUUAAGACAAAUCACCAAGGCUGCAACCACUGAGUUCACCAAGGAAGCCAUCAAGAGAUCAGCAAAUGUUUUGAACAUGGCUAAAAAGCCAAUCAUCUAUGCUGGUGCAGGUGUCUUGAACCACCCAGACGGUCCAAAAUUGUUAAAGGAAUUAUCUGAUAAGGCCUGCAUACCGGUAACCACUACUUUACAAGGUUUAGGUGGAUUCGAUCAAAGAGAUCCAAAGUCUCUUGAUAUGUUGGGUAUGCAUGGUAACGCUGCAGCCAACACUGCGAUUCAAAGAGCUGAUUGUAUCAUUGCAUUAGGUGCUAGAUUUGAUGACAGAGUCACUGGUGCUCUCCCUAAAUUUGCCCCAGCCGCCAAAUUGGCUGCUCAACAAGGUAGAGGUGGUAUCUUGCAUUUCGAAAUCUCUCCUAAAAACAUUAAUAAAGUUGUUGAAGCCACCGAAGCUAUUGAAGGUGACGUUACUACCAACUUAGCUGCAUUUUUACCAUUGGUAAAUAAGGUUUCAGACAGACCUGAAUGGAUGGGACAAGUGAAAGAAUGGAAGGAAAAGUUUCCAUACGCUUACACUUUAGAAACUCCAGGUUCUUUAAUAAAACCUCAAACUGUUAUCAAGGAAAUUUCCAAGCAAUCACAAACUUAUGGUAAGGAAGUUAUUGUUACCACUGGUGUGGGUCAACAUCAAAUGUGGGCCGCUCAACACUUCGAGUGGACUAAGCCAAGAACUAUGGUCACAUCUGGUGGUUUAGGUACCAUGGGAUUCGGUUUGCCAGCUGCCAUUGGUGCCCAAAUUGGUAAGCCAGAUGCUAUCGUUAUUGAUAUUGAUGGUGAUGCAUCUUUCAACAUGACUUUGAUGGAAUUAUCUUCCGCAGUUCAAGCCAAUGCUCCUGUCAAAAUCUGUGUCUUAAACAAUGAAGAACAAGGUAUGGUUACUCAAUGGCAAUCAUUAUUUUACGAACACAGAUACGCACACACUCAUCAAUCUAACCCUAAUUUCAUGAAGUUAGCUGAAGCAAUGGGUGUUACGGGUAUUAAGAUUUCCACCCAAGAAGAAAUGGUUGAAGGUGUUAAGAAGUUCUUAGACUGUAAGGGACCAGUCUUGUUAGAAGUUAUUGUAGAAAAGAAGGUUCCAGUCUUACCAAUGGUUCCAGCUGGUAAUGCAUUGGACGAUUUCAUUGUAUGGGAUGCUGAAGUUGAAUCGCAAGAAAAGCAAUUAAGAAAUGAAAGAACUAAUGGAAAGCACUAA